UAACAAAUCAUACUCACAAACCUUAAACUCACAAUAAUGAAGUUGCCAGCCUUCAUACUUGUCUCUCUAUUGUUCUCCUCUUUCCUUGCUUGCUCAGCCAAGCAUUGUGAGACUGAAGCUAGUGAUGGUGAAAAUGUCGUUGCUGACAUUGGGGGCCUAAUCUCUAAAGACAGGUUUAAUGAUCUACUUAAGCAUAGAAAUGAUAACGCUUGUCCAGGCAGGGGAUUCUACACAUAUGACGCUUUCAUCACCGCUGCUAAGUCCUUCCCUGCCUUUGGCUCCACCGGAGAUGACGCCACUCGUAAAAGAGAGAUCGCUGCUUUUCUUGCACAAACUUCCCACGAAACUACUGGAGGAUGGCCUACUGCGCCUGAUGGUUCUUUUGCUUGGGGCUACUGCUUUGUUAGCGAGCGAAAUCCGCCAUCUAAAUAUUGUGAUCCUAAGUAUCCAUGUCCCAAGUCCUACCAUGGCCGUGGUCCUAUUCAACUCACAUGGAACUACAACUAUCAAAAAGCUGGACGAGCGAUAGGAGCGGACCUGAUAAACAAUCCAGACCUUGUAUCAACUAAUGCUGUCAUAUCCUUCAAGACAGCAAUUUGGUUCUGGAUGACUGCACAGUCACCAAAACCUUCUUGCCACGAUGUGAUUACAGGAAAAUGGAAACCAUCAGCUGCUGAUAAAGCGGCUGGCCGGGUUCCAGGGUAUGGUGUUGUCACAAACAUCAUCAAUGGAGGGAUUGAAUGUGGCAAGGGACGUAACCCAAAAGUGGAGGACAGGAUUGGGUUCUUUAAAAGGUAUUGCCAGAUACUUGGAGUUAGCCCUGGGAACAACUUGGACUGCUACACCCAGAAGCCUUUUGGGUCUGGACUCUUGCUGUUACUGGAAAAUAUGUAAAACAACUACUGCUGCUUAAAACAAUAUAUGUAUAUGUUGUGAUCAGACUAAUGAUCUCUAUCUUGGGUACAAGAUCUUGAGAGGUCAUUUAUGUCAAAUGGUGAAUAAAUAAUGUAUGAGCAGUGUUGUGGUUAUAUAUAAACACUCAUGUCGAGGACUCCUCAGCUUAACUAA